AUGGCCGGAUUCCGACGGCCGGCGGUGUUCCGGCAACCGGAUUCCGGCGGCUGGCGCCUUGGUUUUCUACAAUCCAAAUCUGAUUAUAGUCUAUUCACAAGACAGAUUGGUACUUCUUUUAUUGUUCUUCUUGUCUAUGUUGAUGACAUAGUAUUGGCCGGAAACAAUUCUGCAGACAUUGCAUCUUUUAUUCAAUUACUGAAUCUGAAAUUCAAACUUAAGGAUUUGGGUGAUUUCAAGUAUUUUCUGGGCUUAGAAGUUGCUCGAAAGUCCACUGGAAUUUCUGUGUGUCAGAGGAAGUAUGCUCUGGAAAUUUUGGAAGAUUCAGGUUUACUUGCAUCUAAACCUGUAAAUUUUCCUAUGGAUAGUAACCUUAGACUUUCAAAGCUUGAAGGUGAUCUCUUGGAUGAUCCUUCAGUCUAUCAUCGCCUGGUUGGUCGCUUGAUUUAUUUAACGAUUACUAGACCUGAUUUGGCUUACUCGGUACAAGUAUUAAGUCAAUUUAUGUCUACUCCUUGGAACCCUCAUCUGGAUGCAGCACUUAGAGUCCUUCGGUAUGUUAAGUCUGCUCCCAGUCAAGGUCUUUUCUUCUCUGCCCAAUGUGAUUUCAAAUUGAAAUCUUUCUGUGAUGCUGAUUGGGCUGCCUGUCCAGACACUAGGCGAUUGGUUACUAGCUUCUGUCUAUUCCUUGGUGAUUCUCUUAUUUCUUGGAAGUCCAAGAAGCAACAGACUGUGUCUCGGUCAUCUGCUGAAUCUGAGAAUAGGGCCAUGGCUGUGGCUUGUUGUGAGAUCAUGUGGAUUUCCUCUUUGCUUAAGGAUCUUCAUGUUUAUUCUCCUCACUCUGCUUUGCUCUUUUGUGACUCACAAGCUGCCCUACACAUUGCUGCCAACCACGUUUUCCAUGAACGAACAAAGCAUAUUGACAUCGACUGCCACCUCGUUCGUGAACAGAUUCAAAAGGGUGUUAUUCGAACUCUUCAUGUCAAAUCUGAUCAUCAGCUUGCUGAUAUUUUCACUAAGCCUCUUGGCUUUGCUCCGUUUUCUGCAAUCACUUCCAAGAUGAACCUCUUAAAUAUAUACGGUUCAUCUUGA